AUGAAAGGUGAUUCUAGACGGCUUUUCGCGACGGCAAUUCCGGCAGUUACGCUCCUGGUCCUGUUCGCCUUUGUGUUUUAUCUUGGGCAGGUUCAAGCUGACUGCAGCAUUUGGGAUAUGGAAGUGAAUCAGACACUGAAUGGGUGGCUGCGGGGGAUUCCAGUGUACCAAGUGGUGGUGCUCAACCUCUGUAACAUCCCCGACGGCUGUCUGUUGGGGGACAUCCACUUGACUUGCGGCGAUUUCAGCACGUCCCUCCCCGUCGAUCCACUUACAUUCCGACUCAUCAACUUCAAUGACUGCCUCCUCGUGGACGGCGGCAAUACUUACAGCGGCAAUGUAAUCUCCUUCAAAUAUGCCCACCCCGGGCCCUACCCCAUGACCAUCUCCAGUGUCACGUGCUUUCCCCAGAUCCCUCCAACAUGA